AUGGCGAAUCAAAUCCCCAAUAAAAUGCGGGGGUGGUAUCUCGAAGAGUUCGGGCAGCCGUACGUCUACAAAAUCGAUAUUCCAGUACCAAAACCACGUGAAGAUGAGCUCUUGAUCAAAAUGGAAAUUGCUGGAUAUUGUCAUACUGAGACAAUUGUUGCCAGUGGUGACUACCAAAGCAAACUCCCCUUGAUCCCCGGCCAUGAGAAUGUGGGCAUAGUUGCAAGUGUGGGGCCCAAGGUCCAAGGUUUCAAACUCGGUGAUCGAGUCGGUUGUAAUUGUCGGGAAUGCACGCGAGGAUAUAGCACAAACUUCUGUGCGAAAGCCGAGCUUGCAGGCUUGACACACGAUGGGGGCAUGGCGGAGUACCUUGUGGCAGACCCAAGAUGGACUGUCAAGCUUCCCGAUAACCUAUCUUUUGAAGAUGCCGCUCCACUGAUGUGCGCCGGAAGUACAAUGUUCAAUAGCAUUCGGAAUGCACGGCAAGAUAAGGGUGCCAUUAUCGCAAUCGUAGGGUUGGGAGGGUUGGGACAUAUAGGGGUUCAAUUUGCGAAAGCAAUGGGGUAUAAAUGUGUUGCAAUUGACAUACGCCCCGAUCCUAUUGCCCUCGUCUCAUCAUUCGACCCCUGCCUUCGCCCAGACCUGGUUCUGGAUCCCAGGGACGGACCUGAGCAUGCUCUAUCCAAGAUCCUAGAGACUUUUCCAGGACGCACCGGCGUAGAUGCGGCCGUUGUAUCAACAGAUGCCAGCGAAGCUUUCAAAUUCUCUACUGAUAUUCUUGAGAAGCAUGGCGUUCUGGUCGUUGUAGGGCAACCCAAAGAGCCGAUCAAAUUCCAUUGGAGGGUAUUUGUGACGCAAGAUAUUUCUAUCGUGGCUGGAGGCUUGAGCCAGCCGGAUGUGAUGGAAGAGAUGAUGGAUCUAGUGGUCAAGGAGAAGAUCCGCUCUACGGUUAAGGUGUACAUGUUAGAAGAUGUCACUCAGUUGGUGCAUGAUUUCCAUAAUCCUCAUAUGAAGGGGAAAUAUGUAAUUAGAAUAGCCACUUAA